GUUGAAAGGAUUUUUAGGUGUUAUUAAAUGUUUAAUUCCUAACACAGCAUUUCAGUUUUAACUUACAUCAUGGUUUGUUCAAUCAGUCACUUGAGUCUGCUGCUUCUUCUCAUUCCACUUGCUUCAUCUUGCAGAUCCUUAAAGAUUUCACCUCCCAGCUGCAUCAAUAAGGAUGAUUACAACUGUACCUUUGGUAAACUAGAAAACGUCUAUGCCCUUGCUGGCCAGUACAAUUCCUUUCAAGACGGUCAGUUCUCAGAGAAGUUGAAUGGCAACAUGAUUUGGAGCCAACUUAAAUGGAAAGCACCAUCACAGGAGAAAGUCCAAGGCUUCUUAAUAAUUCUUGUGAACAGCACCUGGAACGAAUAUUUCGUUUUUAACUUGACUCAAGAUGAAUUUCUCCAGGAUAAUUCUGAGUGUCUUAAAGAACGGUUAUCUCCCUUACACUGUAAAACUAAAUCAAAAUGUGUUGUUGAGGCCAAUGACUAUUUUCUUGAAUAA